AUGGCUGCGAUUGUGGGGUAUCGCGCAUGGGCGUGGAACGACGAAGACGCAUACGCAUGCACGCAUUUUGAUCUGGAGAUGGACAUGGAGACGGAGCGAGUCCUCGAAGAGGGCUGGACUACUUUCGAGAAACGGUUCCGCGAGCAGAAUCGCUACUCAAAAGGAGAUCUUGAUGUGGGUGCAUUGAGUUCUCGCUCUCUGACUCGCUCGCAGCCUCCGUUGUACGACCUGCCUCCGCUUUACGACGAUGUGAUCCAUGACCUUCCUCCGGAAUAUACUGCUCUGCCUCCGCUGGCACAGCGACAAUCUAUCGUUUACGCAGUACCCACCACUCGGGAAAAAUCGCAGACUCGGUCAUCGGCAGUGCUGAAAGAUCGCAUGCUGAAUAUACGUAUUGACUUUGAGAACAUUACGGGUGUAAGGGAACAUAAGAAGAAAAAGCCCGCCCCUGCAAAAAAAGCAGCACCACCUUCGCCUCCGCCUCCGCCUCCCCCUCCGCCUCCACCGGCCGAGUCCGGUGGGGAUGGCGGAGAUGACAAUACCAAUGGUGGAGACGGCGGUGGUGAUGCGGGCGGUGCUGGGGACGGCAAUGGUGAAGGGGGUGGGGGUGACGACUGGGGUGACGACUGGAACGUGAGUGGCAGCAAAAAGGAUAAAAAGAAGAAAGAGCAAGAGGAAGAGGAGGAGAGACUUGCCAAGGAGGAGGAAGAACGAAAGGCGGCAGAAGCUUCCGCUAACAAUGAUCUCAGCUGGGCUGAGGGAAAUGGUGGUGGUGGCGAUGACUCGUGGGCUGGCUUUGCGAGUGUAGGAAAAAAGAAGAAGGGGAAGGACGAAGCACCGCCUGGAGGUUUCCAGGAUAUAAGUCUAAACGAUGGCGCACCUCAGCUGGACCUGAACUUUGAUACCCCGGCGCCAAAGACUGGAGGAACUGGAUUCAGCUUUGGGGGUUGGGGCAAAGACUGGACUACCGGUGGCAAAGGUGAUCCUCUCAGUGAGCCUCCUAAAGCGGAAGCCAAGGACAGCAAUCCCUGGGCCACGUCCAAAAAGAAGGGAAAGGGUGAAUUCGACUUUGGCGACCUUGGCUCUCCGCCCGCCAAACAAGAAGACAACUGGGAUGGCUGGGAUAUACAAACCAAGGAUAAGAAGAAGAAAGACGAGCCAGAGCCAGCACCCGAACCGGAACCAGUCCCAGCAUUCGAGCCUGUGCCACUUCCACCUCCGCCUCCUGCCAGAACGGAUUUCACUCAAGAAGCUUGGUACCUUGGAAUGUCGAAGAAGGAGCAGCGCAAAGCGAAGAAGGAGAUGGAAAAAAAGUGGAAGGACGAGGAUGAUGCUUAUGCAAAGGCGGUUGCAGAGGCGGAAGAGCAGGCGGCAGCGCAAGCUGCGGCUGCACCUGAGCCAGAGCCAGAGCCGGAGCCAGAGCCGGAGCCGGAGCCUGAACCUGAACCGAUAGUUGAGGAAACUCAACCACCCGCUGAGCCCGAGAAUGAUUGGGGCUGGAAUGUUCCAGUCAAGACAAAGGACAAGAAGAAAAAGAAGAUCGAUCUUCUAGCUGACCUAGAUCCGCCAGCCCCAGAUCCACCAUCAGCCGGUGACGAUUGGAUGGGUGGAUGGGGUACUAGUGGAAAGAAAGACAAAAAGUCCAAGGAGCCGGAGCCUGUAGUAGAGGAAAUACCAAAAGCCAAGGAGCCUGAAGAUGUCUUUGCCGCCUGGGGAAUCUCGACAAAGGAUAAGAAGAAGAAAAAAGGCAAAGCUGAACCAGAGCCGGAACCCGAGCCGGAACCUGAACCAGAGCCGGAGCCAGAGCCGGAGCCAGAGCCAGAACCAGAGCCGGAACCUGAACCUGAACCUGAACCCGAGCCGGAGCCAAAGCCAGCCGUGCAUGACGAUCCUCUAUAUGAGGGUUGGCGUACACUAUCCUCCAAGGAGCGUAAGAAGCGAGAGAAGCAAUUGGUGAGGAAGGGUCUUCCCAUCCCUGGCAAAGAUUUCGAGCUUCCCUCCGACGAGCCACCUGUGGUCCCAGAACCAAUUAUCGAACCAGAGCCAGAGCCGGAGCCGGAGCCGGAGCCGGAGCCUGAACCUGAACCAGAGCCAGAGCCAGAACCGGCACCCGAGCCUGAGCCCGAACCCGAACCUGAAAAGCCCGCCGAAGAAGACUCCUGGGGUAUCUGGGGGCCAGCGAAGGAGAAGAAAAAGAAGAAGAAGGGUCUAGAACUCGAACCUCCUCCACCUGCACCAACACCACCUGCUCAGGGCUUGACACCAGAGCCGGAAUCCUUCAAUGACCAUGGUGACGAUGUAUGGGCAGAACUGGCACCCAAGACCUCAAAGGGGACCAAGAAGACUACAAAGGCCAUUGAGUCUCCCAAGGAGGAAAAGAAAAGCUUCUGGUCAAGCUUUACUGGAGGUAGCACAAGUAAAUCCAAGGCUAGCAAGAAGACUAAGGAAGAGAAGAAGGAGCCAGAGCCUCUUGAGGAGGAUCUCAUUGAUGUAGGCGAGGAUCCCCCUGCAGAACCUGAGCCUGAACCAGAGCCAGAGCCAGAACCUGAGCCAGAACCUGAGCCAGAGCCAGAGCCAGAGCCAGAGCCUGAACCUGAACCUGAACCAGAGCCGGAGCCUGUUCCCGUCAAGAGUUCCAAGAAGACUUCUAAGCUAAGCGUCGCCGAGCGUAUCAAAGCACUGGAGCAGGCCAAGAAGGAUAAAGCGAGGGAGGAAAAAUUGGCGAAGAAAAAGAAGGCCGAGCCUGUGCCUGAACCCGAACCAGUGCCUGAGCCCGAGCCAGAGCCGGAACCAAAACCACCUGCUGAGGAGCCUGCCCCGGCAAAGAAGAGCAAGUCUAAGUCCAAGACCAAGGAGGAUUCUCUGCCAGGCAGUUUCCCUGAUUUCGGCGAUGAUGUAGAGCCAGAGCCAGAACCUGAACCUGAACCUGAACCCGAGCCUGAACCUGAACCCGAACCGGAGCCAGAGCCAGAACCGGAGCCUCCGGCGCCAGAUCUUUCAAAAAUGUCGAAGAAAGAACUCAAGAAAUAUAAAAAGGCCGAGGCUGAGAGGGUGGCAGCUGCUGCCGCUGCAGCGGCGGCUAAGGAGCCCACUCCUCCACCGGAGGAGCCAGUGCCAGAACCUGAGGCUGAGCCUGAGCCAGCUCCAGAACCCGAACCAGAGCCGGAACCUGAACCUGAACCCGAAGCUGAACCGGAGCCUGAGCCCGAAGCUGAGCCCGACCCAGCACCCGAGGAACCAGAAGAAAAAGGUGCCCCUUCCGCAGCGCCACCAGAAGCCGAAGAGCCCGCAAAACCCUUGAAGAAAGAACGAGCCCGCGUGGAUCGUAGCUCACACGGCUGGGGUUUCUUCCCUGUCGCACCUCCACCCAAAAAGCUCACGAAAAGAGACAAGCCGCGCGAUGAGGAUGCCAAGAAGAAAGAGUCUACGCGCGACCGGUCUCCAGGUGCCACACGGUCAAAACCUAGCAAGGCUCGACCUAAAGAACCGGAACCGGAAGUCGAAAAGUCAUCUUCCGAUCGGGAAAAGCGACGAGAACGAGAGAGUCGUCCGUCGAAGAAUCAACGUGGCGUGGCCUUGGCUAACAUGGUUCUGGGUACGCCCCAGUCCAAAAGCAAAUCCACCCGCAAACAGGCUGUUUCGUCGAAACCUAUGUCUAGACGUGCUUCUUUCGAUGAAGAGAAAGCUAUGCCUAGUCCAACUGAAGAUAAAAUGGAGGUCUCGGAUAAGGCUGCCAAGUUGAUGGGGAUGAAUACUAAGGCUCGACGUGAGCGGCCCCGCGCGGAAAGGCGGAAAUCCGCUCGUGAUCCAUAUGCGAUCGAGGAUGAUGACCUUGUUGUCGUAGAUAUGGAGGAUGCCGAGGGUCACUCACCGAGAGAGGGUUCUAAAGGAUCGAGGCGCAAGCCAAAGAGACAGUCACGAUCAAGACCUGAAGACGAAGAACCCGUCAUGGUAGACGCAGACCAAGCGCAACCAGUCCCAGACGUAAUGUCAGGACCCGACGACAUGGGCUUUGUCGAUGCACCACGCGAACGCCGCCUAAAGCGUUCAAACACCGCCCCACCAAAGAAGCAAGAGACAGGAGGCCUGAUGGGCCUCUUUGGCUCACUCCGAAAGAGCGCAAAGCCAGAGCGGCCCGAGAUGCCCGAGCGACGAAAGUCUCGCUCCUACCGCGACGACGACCCGCGGUACCCACCAGACCCAGAACGGCCCGAGAUGCCUGAUCGACGAAAGUCCCGCUCCUACCGCGACGAUGACCCGCGGUACCCACCAGACCCUGAGCGCGAAGCAGCCCGCCGAGCCCGUCGCGAAGACCGACGACGUGGCUCCGUCCGCCCAGACACAGAUGCAGAAGGCUUCGUCACGGAUGCGCCCGGCCCAGCGGAAACAGAAGCCGAAGAUAUCGAAGCGCGACGCGCAGCACGACACUCGCGUCGCGGAUCUCGCAAAGCGCCCUCUGAGCCGCGCGAUAUCGAAGCACGGGAAGCCGAGGAGCGACGCGCGAGAAGGAAAGAGCGGGCUCGCGAGCAGCGCGCUCGCGAGGAAGAAGAGGAGGAAAGAUUGCGUGAAGAAAAGCGCGCUAGACGCGCUGCUCGCGAAGAACGGCGUAUGCGCGAAGAACAGGAGGCGAGAGACGCUGAGGCCGCAGCUGAAGCUGCUGCUGCUGCUGAAGCGGCUGAGCGUCGUGAGCGGCGGCGCCUUCGCGAAGAAGAAAUUAUGGCUGCGAAGAUGAGUCGACGACGUGUGCGCGAGGAACGAGAGGAUGUUCUGGAUGGAGAAGAUCGUCGUGCGCGCAGUUCGCGUGAAGAUCCUAAGGAUCGAGCGAGGCGUCGCAAGUCCAAGGUUGCACCUGAACCAGCUAGGGCUCCAUAUAUGAGUGGUGGCAAUGGCAAAGAUAAAAUUUCUUCAUGGGUUUAUGGGCAAGCUGAUGAACCGCCUGAACCGCCACCGAUUAUGCCUACUGUCAUUGAUAUGCCGCCUCCUGCUGAAGGGAGUGGGGGGAAUGCGCAUUCUCUUUCUUCGGAUGAGGAGGCACGACGGGCUGCAAGACGGAAGGCUAGACGUCGUGCUAAGUAUCCCGAUGAGGAUAUUGAUGAUGUGCGAUCCAGACGCAGAGACUCUCGGCGUGAAGGUGUGAAGAGCAGUUCUGGGAGUGGUGAUUAUGAGCGUGAUCGGGGGAUGAGAUCGCGGCCUGGGAGUCGGCAGGGGGGCCCACCUCCGCCCGGUUCGGCGAAGAAGUCGAGUUGGUUCCGGAAAUUGACGAAUUUGUGA